AUGUCCUGGGAACCCCAAUAUCUCUUCAAUCUCAUCCAAAAGACGCAACUAAUCGACGACACUCGCCGCUCCGUCUUCCAGCAACGAUGGACUGCCAAACGCGAUGUACGAGGAUACCACGUACCCAACAUAUCUGAACGACAACUACUAGCUAGACACUUUAAUCUUCAACUACCAUAUGACCCGUCGAUGACUAGAGCGCAACGGGAAGCUGCUCCGCCUGCUACUGUGUUGGCUUUUGGAGAGCUGGAGAGGAGGGUGGAUGUUGUUGUAUUUAGGUCGCAUUUUGCAAAGAGUAUUUUUCAGGCUAGGGAUAUUGUGAAGGGUGGGUUUGUUAGCGUUAAUGGGAUCAAGUGUGUGCAUCCAGCUACGAGGCUCAGGGAUGGAGAUAUGAUUACCGUAGAUCCAGUCGCUAUACCGACUCUGGUGCAUAGAAUCGCCAUUGAAAAGGAGGUCAAGGACGCUCCAUCAACAACAGCAGAUGCACAAGAGACUUCAGCAGCGGAUAGUGUAAAAGAAGAAGUAACAUCUAAAGCAGAGACCGCAGAGACCAAAGACGAUGCAGCUAGCAGUACAGCAGAAAGUAAAGCAGAAGAGCCUGUGGAAGCAUCUUCAGAAGCCGAUAAUAAACCAGCAGAACCAUCACCAACACCACCAAAAGAACCAAAAAUAGAAUACAAGCUAGUACCCAAAACACGCAACGCAAAGAUACCGUAUACAUUCAAACCAGUAGAUUACAUGGCCCCCUGGAUGUUUACACCAGACUAUCUAGAAGUCAACUACCCAUCAUGCUCGACCGUCUUUCUCCGAUCCCCACAAUCACAACCACAUCGAGUAGAGAUUCCAUCACCGUAUCCACCAUCACAGCAUCAGUUGGCGUAUGAAUGGUAUGCACGUAUCAAGGAGAGGCAGACCAAGAGGAGGUAUCAUCAGCCCUUGUUUAUGAGUGGAGGACGUGUGCCUGUUGUUUUGAAGCCGCAUUUUGAUCGUAUGGUGAGAUGGAAUGCGCUUCAUGAGCGUGGGAGACCUGUUUGGAAGCAGGUAUAA